AGACGCGCCGCGUUGUGAUUGGUCCUCCGGUGGACUACAACUCCCGGCGUGCACCGCGGCCUGAUGCAUGGGCGGCAAGGCUGGACUACAACUCCCGGCGUGCUUUGCGGGCCGUGCAGCCAAUGGGAGGCGAGGGCAUGGGCUGGGGCAUAUCCCCAGGGGCGGCGCGCCCCGACGGUGCGUCCGGUCCCUCUUGCCCGGUGUUUCCGGUCCCUCCGUUCCGGUGUCUCCCGUCCCUUCGAUCCUUCCACCGCGGUGUGUCCGGUCCCGCGGCCAUGCCCGAGUGCCCGGAGCUGCAUCUGGCCGGGCGCUACAUCAACGAGGAGUGCGGCGCGCUGGUGUUCUCGGGCGGCGUGGAGCGCUCGGCGGUGGGCAGGGGCCCGGAAGUGCCGUUCAGCAGCGAGGCUUACCGCAUCUCUGCCGCCGCCCGGGGCAAGGAGCUGCGCCUGACGCUGACCCCGCUGGAAUCCGCCGAUGCCUCCCAGGGGUUGGUUUUCCGCUUCGGCAUGUCGGGGUCGUUCCGGCUGUGCCCCGCCGCGCAGCUCCCGCGCCAUGCCCACCUCCGGUUCCUCACCCGCGACAGCCCCCCGCUCGUCCUCUGCUUCAUCGAUGUCCGUCGCUUCGGGUCGUGGCGCCUGGGGGAUGCCUGGGAGCCGGGCCGCGGGCCCUGCGUCCUCUCCGAGUACCAGGCGUUCAGGGAGAAUGUGCUGAAGAACCUGGAUGACAAAGCUUUUGACAAGCCCAUCUGCGAGGCCCUCUUAAACCAGAAGUUCUUCAAUGGAAUUGGGAAUUAUCUCCGUGCCGAGAUCCUGUACAGGGUGAAGAUCCCUCCCUUUGAAAAGGCUCGGACUGUGCUGGAGGCCCUGAAGGAGCAGGAGGAGGAGAGGACGAGGAAGAAUCCCUCCCUGACGCUGAGCAAGAAGCUGAAGCGGAUGCGGGAGAACCCGGAUCUCCUGGAGCUGUGUCACACCGUGCCCAUGGAGAUCAUCGCGGCGGGCCUCUUUGACCCGGCUGACCCGAAUAACUACGACGCGUUCAAGGGCUGGCUGCGGUGUUACCUGGUGCCCGGCAUGAGCAACCUGCGCGACCGCAACGGCAGGACCAUCUGGUUCCACGGAAAGCCUGGCCCCAUGGCUCCCAAAGGGCAGGCACCUCGCAAGAAGCGCACUCAGCCCAAGUCAGACCGCAAGGCUCUGACCCCCAAGGUCACCCCACGUGCCUCAAGACGGCGCCCCAGGGCUGCAGCGCAACCCCCCGACUCAGCCAAGGAGGAGGAAGAGGAGGUGGGUGACGGGCCAAGGAAGGGACGUGCUCGCAGGAGGAGGAGCGUGGCCGCUGCUCCAGCCCUGUCCGAGCCUGAGGUGCAAGUCAAGGCUGAAAGGCGGUGCCGGACCUCAGCGCGCAGGGGCAGAGGCACAGCCCCGGCCGUGUGAGUGCUGCCCCUUCCCCAGGGGCCUUUUAGCAGCCACAGGAGCAGCUCAGGGAGGACCUGGGUUAGUGCUGAGGAGCUCAGGGCUGCUCUGUUCCUGUGCCCUGUUCCUGUGCUCACCCCUGCUUGCUACCGCUGCGUCUGCCGCUGCAGGGAGGAGAAGCUGGGCUUGGUGCUGGGGCUGAUUUGCUGGGGUUGAUUUAUCCCGCGUCCUCCUGCUGCCCUCAGGUAUUUGAGGGGGAUAAGGGCCAUGGACCAGUCCUGCUGGACUCUGGACCUUCCCUCUGCAUAAGAAUGGAUUCCCUCUUCCUUUUCCUCCUCCGUUGAUCACUGUUUUUAGCUGAUUAAUAAAAUAUUUUGUAUAGAAA